AUGGCGGCUGGUCGUUUUAACAACAUCCUUCCACAGCAGCCAUUGCAAUUCAUACCGAAUCAUCUUGUAGCGAAUCAUCUUGCACCGAGUCCUCUUGUACGCCAGACUCUUGGAGGAGCAGGGGAGUUUGAGAUCGCCGAGCAGUUUAUGCGUAUGCAUCAUCCCGCGGUCAACGAUCCUUCUUUUAAUUUGGCUAAUGGACAUCCAGCCAUAUUUCCUCCAUCUGGCAUGGAAAACCAAGUGAAUAUUAAUGGAAAUGUUCAUGAAGGACCUGUCACGGUCAUAGACCUAUGCACACCACCGCGGUCUAAAGCAGAGAACCAUGAGCGUUCCAAGCGAAGCGAGCCUUUGGUAGACCAGAAUAGCAUUGAGCUUGUCGCCACUGGAUCCACGGGGGCUUCAAGUCCUGAUCAUAGGUCAAAAACUGCUUCUGAUCCAACGGAAGCAAAAUUGUCUCAAAUCAGAAAGCGGCUCUACUGUUUCGAACCAUGA